AUGGGUGAGAGUCCAGCUCAGCAGUGGUCCCACCACGGUGUUCAGCGGGAAGGAGCCUCGCAAGCUAAGGGUUCCACGCAGCAGGAAGCCCCAGGUGCUGUGAGCGCAGCCCCCCCGUCUGCCCGUCCCUACGCGGAGCUCCACACAGCACACAGCAGGAAGCUAACCUCCGUGCGGGCCUUAGGGGAGGCCAUGAAAACCGCCGCCGCCGCGUCGCUUCGCUUGCCCGUGAACGUGCCUCGGCCCCUUCUCACUCCCCGGCGCUCUCAGAGCACCGAUCCUGCCCCAGGCCCUGGCGGGCGCAGUGCCAGCAGCGCCGGCACACGGUCUGUGCUCAG